AAGAAUGAUAAAUUCUAGAGUGAAGGGUGAAAAUAAGAAGCCGUCAUUUUCCGGCCUAUCCUUGCAAUUUAAUCUGUGUGCCCUUUUUCCUCGAAACCUCACACUCUGUCUCUUUGUCUCUCCUUCAAAAACAAAUGCACUACACUCAUUAGUCACCAGCCUUGUCUCACACUCUCUCUCUCUCUCACGACCCUCUCACUCUCUCUAGAAAGCAAAAAUUUAUAUUUCCAACAACAAAUUCCCCCAUUAUCAAAACCAACAACAACUCUCACUCCCUCCUCCGCUCCGCCGCAAAACACUUCAUUCUCUCAACAAACACAACUGACCAUAUUGCAUGGAAUGACAGAUUACCGCUCACUCCCGACAAUGAAUAAUAGUAUCUGGACAGACGACAACUCCUCCGUCAUGGAAGCUUUCAUGAGCACCACCGCCGACCUUUCUUCUAUCUGGCUUCCACCACCAAAUUCCGCUGCAUCAACCACCACACCAGGACCCGAUACAACCAAACCUCCACCACAACAACAGCCACUCUUCAACCAAGAAACUCUCCAACACCGUCUUCAAGCUUUAAUCGAAGACGCAAAAGAGAAUUGGACUUACGCCAUCUUCUGGCAAACCUCUUACGACUACUCUACAAGCAGACAGCUCCUUGGUUGGGGAGACGGUUAUUACAAAGGCGAAGAUGACAAAGAAAAAGCUAAAAAAGUUAUCUUGCCUGAACAACAAGCUCAUCGCAAUAAAGUCCUCCGUGAACUUAACGCCUUAAUUUCCGGCUCAUCUAGCUCAGAUGAUGUCGUUGACGAAGAUGUCACCGACACUGAGUGGUUCUUUCUCACGUCGAUGACACACUCCUUCGUCAACGGAAGCGGUUUACUGAGCCAGGCUUACUUUAAUUCUUCCCCAGUAUGGAUCAACGAUAGGCUUUCCAUGUCCACAUGUGAAAGAACCCGUGCAGCACAUGUUCACGGGCUUCAGACUUUGGUAUAUAUACCAGCACCGUCUUCAAACGGUGUCGUUGAGCUCGCAUCUACUGAGAUAAUUCCACAUAGCGCUGGUAUAAUGGAGAAGGUUCGUUUUUUGUUUGAUUUCAAUAAUCCAGAAGCACGGUCUUGGCCGUUGAAUUCCGCCGACAACGAUCCUUCUUCCAUGUGGUUGGAUAUCCCCGGCUCCGGUGGAAUUGAAAUUAGAGACUCCAUCAACACUGUUAGUGCCGUCAGUGUAACGGCUUCAGCAAAUGCAACAAUCCCUAAAAAAUCGCCGUUUGAAAUUCACGGUGCUUCUACUACUCUACCGGAAUCAUCCACCACCGUUAAUAUUUCAACUGCUCAGCGCCAAAUCCAGAAUCAAAACCAGAACCAGAGCUUCUUUCCAAGAGAACUGAAUUUUUCAGGUUCUUUCAAACCGGAAUCCGGCGAGAUUCUGAACUUUGGGGAGAGUAAAAAGAGUUCUUACAGCUCUGCCAAUGGUAAUUUCUUUUCCGGUCCGUCACCAUUCGCUGCUAAUGAAGAAAACAGAAAAAGAAGAUCCCCGGUGUCUAGAAGUAGUAUCGAGGACGGAAUUCUUUCAUUCAGUUCUGGCAAACUGUUACAUGGUUCAACUAUAAAAUCCGGUGGCGGAGAUUCCGAUCAUUCAGAUCUGGAAGUUUCUGUGGUGAAGGAAACUGUGAGCAGCAGAGUUAUCGAACCAGAGAAGCGGCCUCGGAAGCGAGGUAGAAAACCAGCCAACGGAAGAGAAGAACCCUUGAACCACGUGGAAGCAGAGAGGCAGCGACGGGAGAAACUGAACCAGAGAUUCUACGCUUUACGAGCUGUGGUUCCUAAUGUUUCUAAAAUGGACAAAGCUUCGCUUCUUGGAGACGCGAUUUCUUACAUAAACGAGUUGAAAUUGAAGCUGCAAGGGCUUGAAUCGUCAAAAGAUGAGUUGGAGAAAGAACUAGAUACAACCCGAAAGGAACUAGAAAUUGCAACUAAAAAACCAGUUCGGUUGAACGAAGAAGAAAAAGAGAAACCAGAAAACAACUCUAAGUUGAUUGAUUUGGACAUAGAUGUGAAAAUCAUGGGAUGGGAUGCUAUGAUUAGGAUUCAGUGUAGCAAGAAGAAUCACCCUGCUGCGAAAUUAAUGGCGGCUUUAAAAGAAUUGGAUCUUGAUGUGAAUCAUGCUAGUGUUUCUGUUGUUAAUGACUUAAUGAUUCAACAGGCUUCUAUUAACAUGGGAAGUAGAUUUUACACACAAGAACAGCUUUUAUCUGUUCUUUCUUCCAAAAUUGGUGAUACACAAUGAGAUUGAAUGCUGGAAAUUUUCUCUGCUUUCUUGUAAAACAAUUAUGUUCCUUUUUAUGAUUUUUAGCUAGUACUAGUACUUUUGAUUAGCUUGUUUUAUACGUUUGAAGUAAUUUUAUCAGAAGUAGUAGAAUUAGGAGA